UUAGUCACUUCCGCUUCUGACGGGCUCGUUUCGGUGGAUGCACUUCCGGCGGCGGAGGCUCAGGCGACUAGGGAAAGAUGGGUCAAAGUCAGAGUGGUGGCCAUGGACCUGGAGGUGGCAAGAAGGAUGACAAGGACAAGAAAAAGAAAUAUGAGCCUCCCGUCCCAACUAGAGUGGGGAAAAAGAAGAAGAAAACGAAGGGACCAGAUGCUGCCAGCAAACUGCCACUGGUAACACCUCACACUCAGUGCCGCCUGAAGUUACUGAAGUUAGAGAGAAUAAAAGACUAUCUUCUUAUGGAGGAAGAAUUCAUUAGAAAUCAGGAGCAGAUGAAACCGUUGGAAGAAAAGCAAGAGGAGGAAAGAUCAAAAGUGGAUGAUCUCAGGGGGACCCCCAUGUCCGUAGGAACCUUAGAAGAGAUCAUUGAUGAUAAUCACGCCAUUGUGUCCACAUCCGUGGGCUCGGAACACUACGUCAGCAUCCUGUCAUUUGUGGACAAGGAUCUUCUGGAGCCAGGCUGUUCAGUCCUGCUCAACCACAAGGUGCAUGCUGUGAUUGGGGUGCUAAUGGAUGACACAGACCCUCUGGUCACAGUGAUGAAGGUGGAAAAGGCCCCCCAGGAGACCUAUGCAGAUAUUGGGGGACUGGACAACCAAAUCCAGGAAAUUAAGGAAUCUGUGGAGCUUCCUCUUACCCAUCCUGAGUAUUAUGAAGAGAUGGGGAUAAAACCCCCUAAGGGGGUCAUUCUCUAUGGUCCACCAGGAACAGGUAAAACAUUAUUGGCCAAAGCAGUAGCAAACCAAACUUCAGCCACUUUCUUGAGAGUGGUCGGCUCAGAGCUUAUUCAGAAGUACCUCGGUGAUGGACCCAAACUCGUUCGGGAGCUCUUCCGAGUUGCUGAAGAACAUGCACCAUCCAUUGUGUUUAUUGAUGAAAUUGAUGCCAUUGGGACCAAAAGAUAUGAUUCAAACUCUGGAGGUGAGAGAGAAAUUCAGCGGACAAUGUUGGAACUGUUGAACCAGCUGGAUGGAUUUGAUUCGAGGGGAGAUGUAAAAGUUAUCAUGGCUACAAACCGAAUAGAAACUUUGGAUCCAGCACUUAUCAGACCAGGCCGCAUUGACAGAAAGAUUGAGUUCCCCCUGCCCGAUGAAAAGACCAAGAAGCGCAUCUUCCAGAUUCACACAAGCAGGAUGACCCUGGCUGACGAUGUGACCUUGGAUGACUUGAUCAUGGCAAAGGAUGACCUCUCCGGGGCUGACAUCAAGGCAAUCUGUACAGAAGCUGGCUUGAUGGCCUUGCGGGAACGCAGAAUGAAAGUUACAAAUGAAGAUUUCAAAAAAUCUAAAGAGAAUGUUCUCUAUAAAAAACAAGAAGGCACCCCUGAGGGGCUCUAUCUCUAGUGACCCACGGUUGCCUUCAGGGAAGUUGAUGAAUUUCCCCCACCUGGGAAGAUGGGAAGCUGCCCCAAGGAACCCAUUUCCCAGUGAGUUUUGCUAGUCAAGGGCCUAUCUUCAAGGAUGCCGUGCAGGGUUGGUCAUCGUGUUGUGCUACUCUCUGCUCCCAAUAAAGGGUUGUCUGGUUUGCUUUC